UACAGAGGAACAUGCUGGACUUCCCACAACACGUAUCUCCCAGUAAGGAGGUCCGUGCAGCAAGCACCAAGGCCGACAAGCAGUUGUCUGAGUUCGACGUAGAGAUGAGCAUGAGGGAGGAUGUCUACCAAAGGAUCGUCGCUCUGGAGAAGAUCCUAGAUUCUGGAAGCAUCUCUCCGGAGGCGAGGCGCUACAUGGAGCGACUGAUCCGACUGGGGCGGAGGAAUGGCCUCCACCUGCCCAAGGAGACGCAGGAGGAAAUCAAGAGCAUCAAGAAGAAACUGAGCAACCUGUGCAUAGACUUCAAUAAGAACCUUAAUGAGGACACAACCAGCCUGACCUUCACCAGAGACGAGCUGGGGGGACUUCCUGAGGACUUCUUGAACUCUCUGGAGAAGAAUGGAGACAAAUUGAAGAUCACACUGAAGUAUCCUCACUACUUCCCCACCAUGAAGAAAUGUUUUGUCCCAGAAACUCGCAGGAAGCUGGAGGAGGCCUUCAACUCCCGCUGCAAGGAGGAGAACUCUGAGAUCCUAAAGCAGCUGGUGAAGCUCAGAGCUCAGAAGAGUUCUCUGCUGGGGUUCGUUACUCAUGCUGACUUUGUCCUGGAGAUGAACAUGGCCAAGUCUGGGAAGCAGGUGGCCGGGUUCCUGGAGGACCUAGCCCGGAAGCUGAAGCCUCUGGGUGAGGAGGAGCGAGCAGCCCUCCUCUGGCUGAAGGAGAAGGAGUGUGAAAAGCGAGGCUUUACUUUUGAUGGGAAACUCCACGCGUGGGACACUCGUUACUUCAUGACUCAGGUGGAGGAGACCCAGUAUGCGGUGGAUCAGAACCUGCUGAAGGAGUACUUCCCGAUGGAAGUGGUUACUCAGGGUCUACUAGACAUCUAUCAGGAGCUGCUGGGUCUGACGUUCCACUUGGUGGACUCGGCUCCGGUCUGGCAUCCUGACGUCACCUUGUACUGUGUAAAAGACCGCAGCAGUGGUCAGAUGGUCGGACAGUUCUACCUGGACCUCUUCCCUCGGGAGGGGAAGUACGGUCAUGCCGCCUGCUUUGGCCUGCAGCCUGGCUGCCUGCUGCCCAGCGGAACUCGGCAGAUGUCUGUGGCAGCCAUGGUGGCCAAUUUCAGCAAGCCGACAGCCGACGCACCAUCUCUGCUGCAGCACGAUGAGGUGGAGACGUACUUCCACGAGUUCGGACACGUCAUGCACCAGCUCUGCGCUCAGGCUGACUAUGCCAUGUUCAGUGGGACGCACGUGGAGCGGGACUUUGUCGAGGCUCCAUCUCAGAUGCUGGAGAAUUGGGUCUGGGAGAAGGAACCUCUGCAGAGGAUGUCCAAACACUACAAGACCGGGAAGCCCAUCCCAGACGAGCUGCUUGACAAGCUCAUCAAGUCCCGGCUGGCCAACACCGGUCUGUUCAAUCUGCGGCAGAUCGUUCUGGCCAAAGUGGAUCAAGCUCUGCACACCAGGACUGGACUGGAUCCUGCAGAGGAGUACGAACGCCUAUGUGUGGACAUCUUAGGAAUCCCCCCAUCUCCAGAAACCAACAUGCCAGCCACCUUCGGACAUCUGGCAGGCGGCUAUGACGCGCAGUACUACGGCUACUUGUGGAGCGAAGUCUUCUCCAUGGACAUGUUCUACGCCCGCUUCAAACAGGAGGGCAUCAUGAACCCCCGGGUGGGUCUGGACUACAGGAAGUUCAUCCUGCAGCCCGGCGGCUCCGAGGACGCCUCCGAGAUGUUGAAGAAGUUCCUCGGGCGGGAACCCAAACAAGAAGCAUUCCUCUUGAGCAAAGGGCUAACUGUGGGCGCCACCACGCCUUGUGCCUGCUAACCAAUCAGCAGCCUUCUCUGCUCAAAUCCGCCCUUCCCCCGCUCAGAGCUGUGGACUGGCAUUUUGCAGAAGAAUCCUGUAAAAUGUUUAGGAAGCGGUGCUGAGAAUAAAGAGGCUUGAGAGGA